AUGGGAAUACCAAGAUUCUGCACAUGCAAAACUUGUAACGGAAAGACAGUUCAUAAUAAUAGUGAUCCAAUUACUCCAACAAAUAUACCAACAAAUACACAAAUUAUCACCAAACCAAGCACUUUUAAUACUCCAUUUUCAAUUAACCAUCCAAAUUCUGAUCGAUUAAAUGCCAUUAAACAGGCUUUUGGUGAUUCAAAUAUAACAAUUGCAUAUAAGUUAUCUGGUAGAAACUGUAUUGUUUGUGGCAAAAGAAAAACAGGUUCAAUUAGAAUACCACCAAUUACUUUUGGUGCUAAAAAAUUUGUAAUAUGUAGUAAAAAAGAUAUUCCAAUUUCACUUAGAUAUUUAGAACAUUAUACAAGUAAAGACUUAAAUAUAGAUAAAAACAAAGUUAUAAUAUAUGGCUCUGAUGAUGAAGACCAAUAUGAAAAUGUAGAUAAGAAAAGUGAUUUUCUUUGUCAAGGGUAUACUGUACUUAGGCCUCGUCAUGAACCAUGCCAAUUAUUUUGCAAAAAAAAACAUUUAAAACUAUAUGAAAAAGAUGGUGAUAAAUCAUUCUGUAAACCAUCUCAUUUGGUAAGAUAUCUUAUGGUAUGGUAUGCACCAAGAAGAAGCUCUUUUAAAAAUCAAACGCCAAGAAAAAACCAAAAAAAGAUUCAAGAUGAAGACGAUGAUGAUGAAGAUGAGGAAGAUUAUGAAGAUGAUGAAGAUGAAGAGAAUGAAGAAAUUGAAGAGUUUGAAGAAGAUGAAGGAGAUAAAAUGGUGAAAAAAAAUACAUCAAUACCAAAAAAAGGUAAAUCAAUAAUAUCCACUUCUCCAAAAAAAUCUAUUCCAACACCAUCUAAGCCCGCACCAAAAAAAAGGAUCAGGAAGACCAAUGAAAACUGUACAGUGCCCGAGGUGCAGAAAAUGGGGGUAAAAAAAAUAAAUUAA